GAUAACCAAGGUAGUGUAGUCAUUGGUUGGAGGAGAGCUAGUAGAUCGGACACCUUCGCCAAGCCUGAAGAAAGUAGGUAGCGCCGAGGUUAUCACACCAGAUUGUAGGAGGGGAAGACGAAGUACAGCCUAGUUCAGAGAGUAACGAUUGAAUCCAGGUUAAUUCAGCAGCAGCUAGAGCAAUACUCCGAUAUUGAUUUGAUUCUCCGCUACCCACCAAGGUAGAAGAUUGCUUGAUCCGCAAAAGAAGUAUGCUUUAUUUGCUUAUAGAAAAAAAGUAUACGCUUUUUCAGGGAAAGAUAGACAGUCUAUCAUAUGGAAUAGGGCAUUCAGCAGUUUGAAGAGGUAGCCUUUUUAAGUAGCUGUCUUGUAAGCAAGCGCCAUAAGUUCAAUCUAUCUUUUUACUUCAAAGCAAGGCUAUCCAUUUAGCUUGUGAUGAUUGUUAGAAUACUGGAAAUCUUAACCGGUAGGAAAGUGCCUUAGCCAAUUAUGUUUUUUUUCUUGUUCUGUUCUUGGCAAGAUUAAUAUGAAUUCAACUCAACCCAUUUCCCAAACAAGAGCUUUAACCGAUUUACCGAUUUACUACCUUUUCUUGGAAUUGAAGGUCAGAUACUAAAAUCGAGGGGCGGUUCUUGUUCGUGCUAGCUAACGUAUAAUUGGUUUUCCACUUUGAGAUAGAAACAUAUGCAAGCCUAUCCGAACUUGCGAUAUAGAGCACAAGAAACAUGACCCAUUUUAGGCGCUAUACGGCUACUUUUCCUAGAUUUUAAGAAAAUGGAUCGGACGAAGCCCUUUUCGUGCGAUAGAUCACUGAUUUCUGGCCUUUCUGAUCGGUUCUAUGGACCAGGACCGGAUUCUUCUCGAUUUAUCUUAGAAUGGCUCCUGAACCCUUUGACGCAAUAGGAGUUGUUCCCAGUACUACUUGGUUGUUCUGAAGCAUCCUUUCUUUCGAAAGACAUGCGAAUGAACUACGCAUUCGACCCUUAUCAACUAGGUCAUCACUUGUACCAGGUCUUAGAAAGGCAGCUGCGGCACGUCUUCUCUAUGGAGAAAAACCAACCAAGAGGCGAUGGAACCCUCAGUUCCAAUAUUGCCCCGGGCAGUACUGGCCAUAGACUUGAGCGCAAAGGACAAGAAGGCAGGAGCUGGUAGACAAUUCUUCACAAAUGCUAGGUGCACGAAUGCUAUCGAGUACUGUGGGAAGGUACUCACGCUAAACCGACAGUGACGCUGGCUCCAUACCGGAUAUGAUUGGUAUGGUAAUAUGACUGUGGCCCGCUGGAGAUGAAAUAUUCUUCAGUGGUUAGGAAUCUAUUCCUUUCUAAGGAAGGUCUAUAAGAACUGUUUCUUUCCGAGGUUUCCCCGAGGAAGGCUGAACCACACUGGGCUAACUUGAAUCUGUUUACUUCACUUCUAUUUGCUCCUCCCCUCGGUGCAUAUUAUCAUAUAGAAAGAAACUUAGCGUAGCGAUUCCGUAUCUAGUUUGUGUCUUAUUAUUCAACUAUUUGGUGUGGUGGAGAAGAAGAAUCCACAAAUCAAACGAGAAAACGGAUGCGCGUUAGCGCAACGGCUUUCGCGCUAGUUGCUCAAAAAAUCGUAUAAAAAUCAAUCCCUGUAUUAAUGGUUCUGGCGGGGCAGUGGGCGUGGGACUGUAAAUCCUCUUUCGUUCGCUGGGCCUGGGCCCUUUGGACUGUAAAUCCAAACGGAGUUAGUGGUUCGAUUCCACUCAUGAACGAGAGCGAGACUGAACGAAAGAAAAUGCAAGUGAAACGAGACGAGAAUCCAAGAUUGGGAACAUGCAUUUGUCCCGCAAAAACCAGAUCUUGUUUAGUGUUCAGUGCAUCCUUCACUUCACCUGCAAAACCUGUCUAUCUUAGUUCUUCCCACUUUCGCGCUUUCGAACUACUGCCACUUUACCUGAGCACUGUGACGCAGUCGGUCAAGUAUUGAUUUUCAGCUAGUAUAUCAAGGACUUAUGAGAACUGAAAAGAAAAAAACUAGGCAAAGGAAUUCUCAAAGUUCAUUGAGUUAAGGGAGGACCAUUCGUGGGGGGUUCGUGGAAGAGUUGGGUUCGAUUCCCUUUAUACGCGAUGUGGCGAAAAAGACUGAUUCAACGAAAUAUGCCAGCAUUAAGAUUUAAAACGUGUCGUCUACUUCCAGGAAAUGUUCGGAACAGAGAACUUUCUCUAAUCCAACGCCGCAUUCUCCGAAGAUUGAGGAACAAGAGGAGAUCCAUUAAAAGAAAUCUUUCUCAGAGAGAAAAUCUAAACAGUAACAUCAAAUCACAAACUACACGAAAGUUGUCCCUUUAUUAUGGGGAUUUACCCAUAAGGGAGAUGCACAGAGGAAGAAAACGAACUUCAUAUAUCCCUUUUUUACUCAAUCAAGAAACAAGAUCGGACGUGAUUCCGGUUCGUCUCCGUUUUAGUGACACUCUUCCUCAAGCAAGGCAGCCGAUAAGUCAUCGAAGGGUUUGUUUGAAUAAUGGACUGGUAACCAUUACUCAUUUGAAAGUUUCCCACGGUGAUCUAAUAUCUUUUAAAGAAAAUGACGCGAGAACCCGCGGUGAAGAAAUAAGGAGAUCUUUCUAUAUCGACAUAUCAGUUGGAAAAAUCAUAGGCAAAUUCCUACCGGUCAGAAUCUGGAGAAGAACAAAAACAGAAUGGUUCCGCUUACUCACAACUCAGAGGGGAUGCCGCUUACUACUCAAAUCCGGGUUUUUGCAAGAGUUGCGUUCUUAUAUGCAAGAAGAAGACUUAGAAAGAACAAAGAAGUUUGGAUCCGCAAAAGUAUGCUUAGGCAGUUCCUUCGCUGAGCACAACAGAAUGAAGAGGAAUUUGUUUCAUUUCAAAUACUUCUUCUUAUUGAAAAGAAGGAAGGAGGAAGAGGAAAACCGAAAAAGAGCAAUAAGUCCUUUUGUUUACAAGUCUUCUUUAUAUAGAAAUUCGACCUAUUGCUCCGGAUCCCCGUUUACUAGGAAGAUAAGAAUCAAAAGGAUCGAACUACCUACUCAUUAUUCGGAGGUGAAUCAUAGAACACUAAAAGCUGUGGUAUCUUAUGGACCUAACAUAGGUCACAUCCCUCACGACAUAAGAUUGAAAGAUCCAAACCUUCCUCUUCGGAGCGGAAACGGACGUGGCCAAAACAUAUAAAAAAAGAUCGGCCUAGUCGCUCAUAGGGACAUAUCUAUCCGGAUAGAGGAUAGUCUAGAUCAAUUUUUAGAAAAAUCUCUCUCUAUAUAGAUAGGUAUCUCUGUGGAUAGAGAUAAAGAUAGGGAUCCCUAUAAAUCGAAAUAUAUGGAAAAAGUGCACUUUUUGACUACUACUACUAUUUCUUAGACUUUUUCAAGGAAACAUCGUUUUUUCGAUUUUUACUGAAUUGGUCGGAGCGUAGACGAGCGAGCAGAGCCCAGGAAAGAGGUCAGAUCGUCAUAGAGCAGUCGACUAUAAGUAUAAGACUGCUGGCCUGAGAGAAGGCAGUCUCUCUCGGGAAACAUGGUCCAAUUUCUCUUCUUUCUUUUCACACGGGCAACAAUUGGGAAUAAAACAGACCAUGAACAUGAGUUUCAAAUGUAAAAAAAAGGUCUGAAAGACUUAUUCUUUUUUAAAAGGAGGAUAAGAUAAUUUAUAGAUUAUUUUUUGAUGUUAUUAUGUGUUAUUUACUACCUUUGGCUUUGGGAAAAGUUUUCUACUUUUUAAGUUCUUGACAAGUCCCAAGUGGAGGAGAUUAAGAGGUCAUUAAAGAAUUCUUCCUUUUAGUUCUCUUCGAUGUAUCGAUCAUGCAUUCCUAAACCACAUAAGCCGGGGGAGAUGCGCUCCAUUAGACAGCCUCAUAAGGCAGACAUCAUUGUCAUGGAUACGGCUUUUGAACAUCGUUUUUGAAGACAUCUUUCUAACGUACUCCCAUGGGUUUCGAAAAGGGAGAGGAGCUGUAUAAAGAUCAAGUACUGGACAUCAUCUUAUUAGCCAUCGGCUUGAAGAGAGGAUCCUGGCUGUCAUCCCAGUCUCAGCUUCAUUCCCUGGUGGAAACCAUUCACUCGGGGGCGUUAUUGUACUCGUUCGGUGAGCUAUUCGAAGAUUGCCCUGAUAAUUGAAUUCCGGAUCCACCCCGCCACUUCCACCUUAAGGCCAAACUAUCGCCCAACUUUGCCAUACCAUAAAAUUGAUCCUGGCAUCUCUACUCUAUCUAUUUGUACAUGCAGCUUGAGUUCUAUGACCUCGAAAUCUGACUCUCCUCUUCAGGAGCCUCAGUCGUGAGUGGUUGUUUUCUUGUACUGGAAAAUGGGUCCCUGAAAACAAUACAAUGGGGCCUGGAGUUAUUUCUUCAUUGUACCCAGAGGAAUGAAUUGAGGAUGAGAGUGAUUUUUGCUCCCCUCGGAGUGUGUGUAUAGGAGAAAGACCCACUUCAAUAGUUUAAUAUGGCCAAGCCGCCACGCCGGGCAAGAGUUCUAAUCUUUAUUCUUAUUGAUGGAUUCCUAUCUCAAAGGAUAAGAAAAUGCUAGUAAAUGCACUCAGUCAACCGAGCAAAUGUAUAAGAAAGAGUGCUCCCGGAGGGAAUGUAGGUUUUAAGCGAAAUGAAGCACUUAAUCUCUUAAGAUGGGCCAUGGCUACUUGGCCUUGUUGAUCCGGAAUUGAAAACUCCCGCUCGCUCGUGAGAAGCCCCCUUUUUCAAUAAGCUCUGCAUCAACCCUUUUCUUUGUAAUAUCAUAUGUGAACAAGUUCCUUUAUCGUGCCCCUGUUCCCUGUUCCCUAACUGUUCCAGUCGACCAAAGCACUUUCAUACCACAGCGAAUUGGAAAAAAUAGAACAUUCUAAGCGAAAGAAGCUUGUUAAAGCUAAUGAUAAAGAAACAGAUAGUAGUUGUUGCAAGCUAGGGAUGAAACCAAUCAAACUAGCUACGCUGGCUAAAGAAUAAAAGUAUGAACCAAGUGAAAACUUCCUUAUUGUGGGACCUGGCGAAGAGCGAGAGCAAGGAAAGGUUGUGUGCGCAAUAGCUAUAGCAAUAGAUCAAAUCGAGUAGUUCUUUCGCUUGUCAGCUGAACAAAGGAUAGAAUAUACAAAGGAUAGAAUAUAAAGAUUCCUGGGUUAUUAGAGCCUUUACCAAUUACUAAUUGUGCAUUGGAAAACAGUGACAAUGGAUUUCAUUACAGGAUUGCCCAGAUCAGAUAUAUUGACCGGAGUGUUGGACAAAUGCCUCGAAGGUGCAGUAGUCUCUGCCAUAGCACGUCAAAAACUAAGCUUGAACUGAAUGAAUCUUCCAUUGGGAAGAGAGCUGCUUACCAACAGGCUUCCCACCAACACAAUGAGGCAUGCCGGAUCGGAGUUGAGAGCUAGGAUGGAGCGGUUACAAGAAAAGAGAUUCAUUCAUAGACUGAAAAGAAGGCUAAGACUCCAGUGAGUGGCUACUCGGUGGGUGGAGCCGUAGAAGAGAUUCUAUUUUUUUUCUUUGCGCGAGCAAGCGGAAGAGGAAUCUGCAUAAGCUCUUGGUCGUGAACUUCGAAUUGCGGAUCGGUAUCGGCAGAAGCUGUAAUACUCUUUCUCGAGUGUAUCUGGCCCAUCAGAGCAUUUUGGAAGCAGGGUGAAGACUAAUCUUGGUUUUAGAGCUCCAAUAGAAGCAUUCUUACCAGAACAAGAGUGGCAGUGCCUUCUAAAUGCAAUUGACGGUAUUCCAGUAAUCGAAUUGGUAGGGACUGGAAAGAAGAGCUGAGAAGAACCGGAGUGGUUGUUCUACUUUCAUAGGCUUCAUGGGCCACAGCUCAGAGAUUCAAGCUAGUAGUUCCUUGAAAGAUAAGAAGCUAGCAGUUUUCUUCGAGGAAGUAACCGAGCAAUCGAGCGAAGCGAUCAAGCUGUUUCCUUUUCCGAUCCGAUAAAAGAAGAAAGCAAGCCUAGGAAGCUGGGCCAGGUCUUAUUACUUCUCGGAUAGCUAGGAGAAAGAAUCACACUCGGAUUGGGUGCCAGUUAGGAAUCUCCCUCGGUUAGCAAGGGCAAAGGGUUAGGGCUUGGUAGGAAUUCCCUAUAAUAGGAAGAAUUCAAUCAAUGAAAGUUGGCGACCUUUCGAGAUAAAGGAAGCUGGUUAUAAAC